CAACACUUCGGUAAAAUAGACAUUGUUGUGGCCAACACCGGGAUAAUGGAAAGCCAAAGACUGUUUGAUGUUGGUAACAUGGACGAGCAAGGGGAACUCCGUGAGUCGAUAGAAGGAUUUCACGUAAUUGGUAUCAAUCUUAAAGGUACUAUCAAUAGUAUGUUUUUGCUCAACCAAUUUAUAUUUGGAGAUGCUCUUUUCUGUAGCUAA